GUGAUGAUCAUCAAUAAAUGUUAUUUCUCGUUCUUGUUGUUGUUCUUCAUAGUCUGUCAAUCGUUGUGGAAUAAAUGGCCAAUAAUCAGGAUUUUCAUUCAAGAAAUGUUGCAUUGCUACUGAACAACGACAUAAAUGUUGAUAUAAGAGCAUACCAUCUUUAACCAAUGUUCUACAAAGAAAUGUAGUUAAGAAAACAAAAAAAAAAGGAAUCAUUAAAAUUUCUAUUUUGUCUCGUUCUAGUCAAUGAACUCAAUGAAAAACAAUCGAUACAACGUCAACUGUUUGGUUAUUAUCAACCAACAACAUUUGAAAAUGAACAUGAACGAUGGAUGCAUAGUUUAAGUCAAUCUUGGAAUAUUCAUCGAGAUAUAUUAGAAUUUAAUUUUAAAAAAAUGUUAACAUUACUUGAUACAUUGGCUCAUAAACGAAUGUAUCAUUUUUCUACGCAUCCUCAAGAAGAAUAUUUUCAUGUAGAUGAAUAUACAACUGCAUUGGAAUUUUAUCUUCAAUUGGAUUAUGAUCUUUUCUAUAUGAAAACAUGUUCCUAUCGUGGUGCUCAACCUAUUAUUAAUAAACCAUCAAGUAUAUUUUCAACAAAUGAACGACCACCUUAUGGACGUUAUACAAUGGAAGCAUGUCAUCAAACAUCUUGUUCUUUAUGUUAUCCUUCUCGUCAAAUAGAAUCUAAGUCAACGGUACAACAUAUUUUUGUCAAUGGUUA